AUCCGUCAGCGUGUGGGGAGGGUUGCCAGGCCUCACAUAUACCACGUGUGUUGGUGGUGUUAUGUGCAGUGUUAGCGAGGCAGGGCAGGAGUGCGCCCGGUGACCCGACCUCUUCCCCACACUUUUGGAGCGGAGGUGGCAUCCGCAGGGAGGGAGCGGAUCAGCUGAUGUCCCCGGGCACCUGGCACACCUGGCACUGGCGGCACACCUGGCACUGGCGUCACUCCUGCCACACAGCACUGCCGGCACUCCUCGUACACGGCACUAGCGUCACUCCUCGCACACGGCACUGGCGUCACUCCUGACACACGACACAGGUGGCACUGUUGUCACGUCUGCCACACGGAGCUCCAGCACAGGUGGCACUGUGGUCACUCGUGUUCCAGCAGCUGGCACUGCCAACACACUGAUAUGGCGCGAUCGUCACUAAGCGGGCAGCUGUAGUAAACUGAGGCAGAUCGGCCGCGUGACUGGGAACCACGCGCUCGGUCGACCUGAACGUGUACCAAUUUCGCACAUAUAUGUCACAUGCUGAAUUAUAAUCGAUGACCAUGAGCGACCUCAUUCCUUACGUGCACCAGGUCGGAGGCUGGCAUAAAGGCAUUCAGUCACGUGUGCUGAAGGAUGAGGAUGGUCAUAUUCUGAAGCCAGUAAAGCUGAAUGCUAAUCCCACCUAUGAUACGACAGGGUCAACAUCCCCCAUCACACACCUCAAUAAUGACUCUGGGAAAAAUGCUGAUAAGGAAAUCGCCCCAGUUUGCAGGGACGAACUACAGCUCUACAACCAUGUGAUGACUUCCACCAGCCAGGAUGAUGUGUUGCUCAAGUCUCUGAUGCCUGCAUAUUAUGGAAGUCGCCAAAUUGUUUUCGAGGAUGGUACAGUCAUUCCUCACUUGAUCCUGGAAGACUUGGCUGCAGGCUUUGAUCUUCCUUGUGUGGCAGACAUCAAAAUGGGCAGUAACUUCUACUACCCAGGCCAAGAAAAGAAUAAACAAAGGAUCAAAUAUGCUACUCAGAGUGAACUGGGCUUUUGUGUGACAGGCCUUAGAGUCUUUCAUCCAGCAAGUGGUCGCUUGAUCACCGAACUACGACCUAAUACCUGCAAACAACUCUCCAUCUCUGAAACACUUGAAGGCUUGGAUAAAUUCUGCCAGAAGGACACCAAUUUCUGCAGCAGUCUGUGCUGUGCUUUCGUCACACAGCUCAUGUGCAUUCAUGAAUGGUUCCUCAAGCAACGUAGUUACAAGAUACGGUGUGGUUCCGUACUCAUUUUGUAUGAUGCCGCUAAGCUAGAGACACCUAAAAUAUCAAGUAAUGAUUCUGUAACAGCAGCAGUAAAUGGUGAACCAGGUGUGUGUGAGCUCACACCCAAAGUAAGAGUGAAGAUGAUAGAUUUUGCCCAUGUCCUUCAUUCCUCUGGUGAAAGGGAUGAAAACUAUAUAUUUGGUUUGGAAAACUUAAUUAAGUUUUUUAGUAAUAAAGAACAGUAAAGCUAACUGAUACAUUGCAGUUAGUGUAAUUUAUUGUACUCUUCAAAGGCUUAGUAGUUGGAUGGGCAUAGAUAAAGUGUAGUGUGCAAUAGAGCCUUGGCUGGUUACAUCUAAUAAUACAGCAAUUUAUUUUACAGUACAUACGUAUCUGUAAAUAUUAAUCCAUUGGUUUACUAUAUUUGUAAAUAACGUGGUAUUUAAAGCUACAGUAAUAUUUACCUUAAACAGUUUAAUUGCAUAUGUUAUUAAGUAAUGAGACCUGUUGGUUAAGGUAAUUGUAGCACUCUGGGAAAUUGGAAAGUCAAGUAUCAUAAUUCAUUUAAAAACAAAAUUCACAAUGGGACUGCCAAGAUUAGGCCGAGGCAUUUUGACAAGUUUCGCAAGUGUGAGGAUGGUUGAUAUUUCAAUCUGUUCUCUUACAAAUUAUGUCUGAAUUUGCCCGCUUGCCCAUAUGGCCGAAAAUGGAUGUAAUUUGAAAAUGAAAAAAAAAAAUUAAAAUAAAUUUUGAACUUUUUU